AUGGAUUUCAGAAGUCUGGAGCGCAUGGAUGCUACGGAUGAGUCCAUCCUACGCGAACCGUAUCGACCAUUCUACAACAUCUUUGGGAGUAAACCCAUCUUGGUCAAACAGAGUAAUGAUUACGACCGAACGGCUUUCAAAGAACACCCGUGGCUGGGCGGUGUACUACUGUUCGAUAACGUCACCUCGGAUGCGCGGGAUCAUGCCGCCAACGAGAGAACAUUUCUUGCGUGGCUUAAACUAAGCGUGUACAUGGCUAUUGUGUCGGUGGCCAUUGUGCUGUCGUUCCAUCUCAAGUUACAACCAACACCACUCGAGCUGCGCUUUGCACUGCCAUUGGGUAUUAUCUUCUGGAUCUUGUCCUUGGCAUGUAUGGCUGCGGGGCUGGCUAAUUACAUCAAUACCGUCUCACGAUACAGUCGGCGUCGGGCACUGGUGCAAACAGGAUGGAAGACACAGGUUGUAUUCACGGUGGUAUCAUGUGCCAUUGUUGGAACGUGUGUGCUGUUUCUCGCUACAAACGCAGAGAAGUAG